AUGGGCAUUAUCUCCAAUCAUUGGAUUGGACCUUACUUUCUCCCGGAUAAUCUAAAUGGGGAAAGUUACGAAAAUUUCCUGAGAGCAGACUUGAGUGAUUUGCUGGAUGAUCUGCCACUCAUACUGAUUAGGGACAUGUGGUUCCAACACGAUGGCUGCCCUGCCCAUUUCAGGAGAAGUGUCAGGGACUGGCUGGACACAAAUUAUCCAAACAAAUGGAUAGGACGAGGUGGGCCGUUGCCAUGGCCAGCAAGAAGUCCGGACCUAACCCCCAUGGAUUUUUAUGUGUGGGGGUGCAUGAAAAGUUUUGUGUACAGCGAGCCGAAUCCAGUUUCGUCUGUGGAAGACUUAAGAGAAAGGAUUGUGGAUGCAGCAAAUAAAAUGAGGACCACGUUGACCACUGGAGUAGUGAAGACUGGUCUUCGUAGAAGGAUGCGACAAUGUAUCAGAAAUAGAGGCAGCCAUGUUGAACAUGAACUGUAG